GCUCCCAUACACCUUCCUUUUACACAUACCUAAAAAUAGCUGAAAACACACAAAUAACAACAACAUCAACAUCUCCAACUACACGACAACCCACCACUUCAAUGGCAAAUUUCUCCUCAUAAAGCCCACUUUCAACUAACCUUAUUGAUAUUUUAGCCUUCCCUUUUCCCUUUUUUCGCAAAUCUUGAAACGACCCUUUCAAUACUUUAGCCCUUUUUUCGCAAAUCUUGAAACUACCCAUCUGAUAUUUUGCAAUUUGGAAGUACACCUUUGAUUUUAUUUGGUCAUUUUUGGAGAAAAAUUUGAACUUUACCCUUUUCUUGCAAAUCUUGAAACUACCCUUUUUUUUGGGCAAAUUUCAAACUACCCAUCUCAUAUUUUGGCCCUUUGAAUCAACCCAUCUGAUUAUAUUUUUUUCUUUUUUGGGAAAAAUUUGAACUUUACAUAUUUUGGUUAGAUUUUAAAGAAUCCAUGGCCGGCACAGCUACAGCCGGCGAUACAAGCACUAGCAGUAAUUUAGCUCCGGCUAGAAGUGUAAGCAAAAAGGAAAAUCAGGGACUUUUAUUGGGUAGAUAUGUAAUUGGGAAAUUACUUGGUCAUGGUACUUUUGCUAAGGUGUACCAGGCUAGGAAUGUUAAGUCAAAUGAUAGUGUUGCAAUUAAGGUUAUUGAUAAAGAGAAGAUCUUGAAAGUUGGUCUUAUUGAUCAUAUAAAACGUGAGAUCUCUAUUCUUAAAAGAGUUAGGCAUCCAAACAUUGUUGAAUUGCAUGAAGUUAUGGCUACGAAAGCCAAGAUUUACUUUGUUAUGGAGUAUGUUAAAGGUGGUGAGCUCUUUAAUAAGGUUGCCAAAGGCAGGCUUAAAGAAGAAGUUGCUAGAAAAUAUUUCCAGCAGUUAAUCUCUGCUGUCGCGUUUUGUCAUGCCCGUGGUGUUUACCAUAGGGAUUUAAAACCGGAAAAUAUUCUAUUAGAUGAAGAUGGCAAUGUCAAAGUUUCUGAUUUUGGCCUUAGUGCUAUUUCAGAACAGAUUAAGCAAGAUGGGCUUUUUCAUACUUUCUGUGGUACCCCGGCUUAUGUGGCGCCGGAGGUGUUAGCUAGAAAGGGUUAUGAUGCAGCUAAAGUUGAUAUUUGGUCAUGUGGGGUGAUACUUUUUGUGUUAAUGGCAGGGUAUUUACCAUUUCAUGAUCAGAAUAUUAUGGCUAUGUAUAAGAAGAUAUAUAAGGGUGAAUUUAGAUGUCCUAGAUGGUUUUCGCCUGAAUUAACUCGGUUUUUAAAGCACCUCCUUCAUAUAAAUCCUGAAAAAAGGAUCACUAUUCAGGAGAUUAUGAACAAUAAGUGGUUCAAGAAGGGUUUUAAACAUGUAAAAUUUUACAUUGAGGAUGAUAAGAUGUGUAGUAUAAAUGAUGAUGAAUACGGCGGGGUUGAUUAUUCGUCUGAUAUAUCAGAGUCUGAAUCUGAGAUGGAGAUAAAGAGGAGGUCGGCUAGUUUGCCUAGGCCAGCUAGCUUGAAUGCAUUUGAUAUCAUUUCGUUUUCCCGGGGCUUUGAUUUGUCCGGUUUGUUUGAGGAGGGAGGAGACGGGUCGAGGUUUGUAUCGGGGGCUCCCGUGCCCAAGAUCAUAAGCAAGUUGGAGGAAAUUGCUAAAGUUGUGAGCUUUGCAGUAAGGAAGAAGGAUUGUAAAGUGAGUAUGGAGGGGUCUAAGGAGGGUGCAAAGGGACCGUUGACAGUUGCAGCUGAGAUAUUUGAGUUGACGCCAUCAUUGAGAGUUGUUGAGGUGAAGAAGAAAGGAGGUGAUAGCGUGGAGUACGAGGAGUUUUACAACAGGGAAUUGAAGCCAGGGUUACAGAAUUUAACUCAUGAAGUCGUCCAUCCUGUUGAUUCAUCACAUUUGCCAUCAGAUACUGAAUAGAGAGAUAGAGAGAAGGGAAAAGGGUAAGCUCUUUUCUCUUUCUUUUUAAUAUCUUUAGGUGCAUUUGUAUAGGUAGCACUCUGUAUUCAUUACACUUGCAUCUUUUAUUAGCUAACGUUCCAAGGUUGUCAUAUCUUGUAAUUUCUAUUCUUGUUGUGGAUGUUAUAUAAAGUUAUCUAAAAAAUGGAACACAUCAGUUGUAUCAAAAUUGGCUCGUUUCUCAA